GCGGGGCGGCGGCGCGGAGCGGAGCGGCGGGCCCGGCGCUGCCUGCGGCCGCGGGACUCCGGAGAAGCCAAUGCCCAGGUUGGAGAGCUGCGCCUGGAGCUGUUCCUGCACCGCCAGAGGAAGGCACAGGAGCCAGCUGGGGGACACGGCGGCGGGGCUGGCCGCCAAGGUGGGCGAGAUGCUGAGCUCGUCCGUGUCGAGCCCCUCGCUGGCGCUGGUGGGUCGCGGAGCUCGCAGCCCCAGCACCUCCAGCGCCAGCAGCACCGCCAGCAGCACCAGCAGCACCUUGAACUGGAGUCAGCACCUGGUGCAGAGGAGCGUGGUGCUCUUCGUCGUGGGCGCUUUCAUGGCCCUGGUGCUGAACUUGCUGCAGAUCCAGCGGAAUGUGACUUUGUUCCCUGACGAAGUGAUUUCCACUCUCUUCUCCUCGGCCUGGUGGGUGCCCCCGUGCUGCGGCACAGCAGCAGCUGUGGUUGGCCUGCUGUACCCCUGCAUCGACAGCCACCUCGGGGAGCCGCACAAGUUCAAGCGGGAGUGGGCCAGCGUCAUGCGCUGCAUCGCCGUGUUCGUGGGCAUCAACCACGCCAGCGCUAAACUAGACUUUGCAAACAACAUCCAGCUGUCCCUGACUCUGGCAGCCUUAUCACUGGAGAAUGGGUACUGCGACCCUGGAGCAGAGACCUCUCCCCCUGAACCCCUUGCCCAGCCUCCCCCCGCCGAACCCCCGCUUUUCCCCGCCGUCUCCCGGGCCCGGCGGCCGCGGAGGGGCGCGCAGAGCGUGUCGGGGUCCCACAGCGGGCGGCUACAGAUGAGCGAGCGAAGGGCGAUCCCGGCCGCCGCCCCGCGGAUCCGCUCCGGGAGAGGCGCCGGAUGCCCGUCUCAGCCGGGGACCGUGAGCCCUGCCCGGGACAGAACCACAGCCAGAGCCCGAGCAUCCCCCGGCGGGUUCCGACGGACAGGGUCGGGCUGCACCGCCCAUGUCCCACCCAGCUGCGGCGGGCAGAAACUGGGGCCGGAUUUCUGUUUCUUUACAAAGGUGCUGCGGGUGUAA